GCACGACAAGCUGCGACCAAACGCGGAAGAAGCUUAAGCGACUUCAAAAGUUAAAAGUGCGGCGUGUUUAGGUUUAUUUAAACUUAUUAUUCGUGUUAACCAUUAAACAAAAGUUAUACUUAAGCUUCAUGUUAUUUUUUUUUUUAAAAUGACUCUGUUAGGGUUUCGCUUUGCGCUGCCGCUGUGUGUUGUGGUUUUAGCCGUCGCUCUGGCUGUUAGCGGACAAAAUGAAGUUGCUCUGCUCCUCCUCUUCGUGGGCUGCGUGGCGUUCACGUGGAUACACCUGAGGUCAAAGGUCAGAGACAGAAGCCGUUCUUGGAGUGGCCUGCUCUGUCAGUAUGUGUUUGUGAAGGUUCUCCAUUGGCUGGGACGGAGACAGAGACGCAAACUGGAAGAAGAUACGAUCCAUGUAAAGAGAGUCCAGGAGGAGGUGCUGCUGAGGCGCCUGGCCAAAAGUGCCAAAACGCUUUACGGAAAGCAGCAUGACUUCAGCUCAGUCAAAGACGUCGCUAAUUUCAGGGCACGUCAUCCCGUCACAACAUAUGAGCACUACCGUGAGUUCAUCGGACGCAUCGCAGCAGGAGAGGAGAAUGUUAUUACAGAGAAGCCAAAGGUCUUGGCCAUGACAUCUGGAACAUCGGGAUCCAGCACCAUGCUGCUCAGCACCAAGGACACAAACGAAGAGUUCUUCCUGCAGGGAGUGACAGUGUGUUUCAACGCCAUGUGGCAGGCGUUCCCAGCUAGCGAGCGCCUUCAGCGUACCACCAAGUUUUUCUACACGCCUACUUUUCGACAGUCAGAGGCCGGCAUUCCCAUUGGUCCAAACUCAUCCACUCCAGUCUCUUCUUGCCAUAUGCUCCACCUCUACACCACUCCAGCAGCUGCCUUUGAGGUUCCCAGUGAGAAGGACGCCCUCUAUCUGCAUCUCCUCUUUGCUCUCAAAGAUCCUAAUGUGGGAACACUGGAGUCCAAUUUUGCCUCCACAGUCUUUUAUGCUUUCACUUCCUUACAGGAACGCUGGCAGGAGCUCGUGGACGACAUCGAAAGAGGGACUGUUAGCCGCACUCUGGCUCUGGAGCUCAAUGUGAGGACCAGAAUCAAUGCUCUUAUGAAGCCAGACCGAGCGAGGGCCGCUCAACUCCAGGCACACUUCCAGGACAGCUUCCAGGGAAUUGCCAAGCGCCUGUGGCCCAAACUGAACCUGGUACUGGCAGUGGACUCGGGAUCUAAUCAGAUCUACGGGGAAAUGCUGCGGGAGAGUUACUGCCAAGGAAUUCCUUUCUACUCACCCUUUUAUGCCGCUACUGAAGGUCUAAUUGGGGUGAAUCUUUGGCCUCAGGACCCCUCCAGACACUACCUGCUGUGUCCGCGCUCCAUGUUCUGUGAGUUUGUGCCAGAAAGCAGCAUGGAAGAGGACCAGCCGGCAACUCUGCUCAUGGAGGAGGUGCAGAAGGGACACAGCUAUGAGCUUGUUAUCACAAACGCCGCAGGACUUUUCAGGUAUCGCAUCGGAGACGUUGUGAAAGUCGUCACCUUCCAUAACCAGUGUCCAGUUGUGGAGUUUCAGUACAGACGAGGUCAGAUGUUGAACGUUCGAGGGGAGAAAGUGUCGGAGGCGUUGUUUCUGGGUGCGCUGAAGAAAGCUGUGGCUCAGUGGCCUGGCGCUCACCUGGUGGACUACAGCUGUGCUGAGAGUGGAGUCCUUGGAGAUUCGACAGGCGGUUCAGAUCCUCAUUACCAGGUGUUUAUCGAGCUGAAAGGAGUGAGGAAUCUCACAGAGGAGCAACGAUACAAGUUGGACAUUUGUCUCCAGCAGGACUCUGCUGUCUACAAGUCAUUCCGUAUCAAAGGCAGCAUCGGACCAAUGAGGGUGCAGCUGGUGGCCGAGGGCGCAUUCAAGGAGCUCCGCAGUCUGAUGAUGACCAUCUCAAACACCUCAGCCGACACCUUCAAAAUGCACCGUGUGCUGCGUAGGAAAGAGUAUGCAGACUUUCUGUUGGGAAAAACCGUUUCGUGAAAGCGGCAGGA